UCUGCUCAAAUUAUUUCAACAUGGGUUAAUUACGUUCGUUUCAUCAUUCGAAGUGUCAGUGUUGAAGUGAAAACUGGCUCUGAUGGAUUUAUUAGCGAUGGCGAUCAUCCUGGUUGGUUUAGCCAACGUCAUUGCAACACCGUGCUGUGAGCAUGGUCAUAAGAAUUGUACCCGUAAAGUACGACAAGAUUCACCACCAAAACUGGAUCACAUUACUAAUAACGGUACCAGCACACAAUUAACAUCGAUUAAGAAGAGUACGUUGAAACCAAUCGCAGAAGAUAAAUUAAAGAAGGAAACCGUGACCGAGGGAAGAACGAGGAAGAAACUGAAGAAGAUAAAAGACAGUAGAGAAGAUUGGGAGGAGUUGGUUAUUGGGCAAGAAGAUGCGGAGGUAUUGGACGGCGCUAUGGACAGAGAGGAUCACGCGACGCAUUACUUGACGGAGUUAUUGCCAAUUCAUGUAGACGAAGAGAACGAGAGGAUGGAAGACAUACUACAGUUUUGAAGAAGAUCCGAAAGAAAAAAAAAAUAUAGAAUGCUUUCAAUUAAAAAAAAAG